AUGUACCACGGUACGUCACCAGAAGCUGCCGCCCGCAUCGAGAAGGAGGGGUUUCAACCGUCCGAGGUUGGCAUGCUAGGACCUGGCAUCUACGUUUCGAGAGACAUCGAAAAAGCAAUGAAGUAUGGACAAGUCGUGCGGGAAGUUGCUGUCAAGGUAGGCCGCGUCAAGCGUAUCGACCGCCAGGGCCAUCCAUUGCAGAAACGUUGGGCGCAAAAUGGCUACGACACUGCAUGGGUCCCGCCGCGAUGUGGAAUGGUGCCAUCUGGGAAGGAGGAGGACUGCGUGCUUGAUCCAGCACGCCUCACUGUGGUUCGUCGUGCUUGGGGCUGA